AUGCAAAAGUGCCCGUGUAAAUUCAAGCCUGUUACUCACGUAAUAUUUGAUAUGGAUGGAAUUAUUUUCGAUACUGAGCCAAUUUAUGAAGAAGCAUUUAUCAAAACGCUAGUAGCUUAUGGCAUCGAACCAGAUUACGAUUUAUACGCAACAGUAUGCGGUACCCCUAGUCCUAAAGUAGCUGAAAUUACGUUAAAAAAAUACCGUAACUUAAAAACUACCCAUAAUGAAUUUAUUGAAGAGUACAGGCAACACGCUAAACUAGGUUUCAAAAACCUAAACCUCAUCCCAGGUGUUGAAAAAAUGAUAAAACAUCUACACUCCAACAAUAUCCCAUUGGCUAUAGCCACUUCUUCAUCUCAAGAAUCCGCUUUACAAAAAUUGCAAAGAUUCCCACAAAUUUACCAACUAUUCAAACACAUUGUAUAUGGCAACGAUCCUGAAAUAAAACAUGGCAAACCUGCACCAGACUCUUAUUUACUUUGUGCAGCUAAAUUUCCUGUAAACCCAUCGAAAUGUUUGGUUUUUGAAGAUUCUACAAAUGGAAUGCAAGCAGCUUUGGCAGCUGGAAUGCAAGUGGUUCUAAUUCCUAACGAAACAGUUCCAAAAGAACAGUGGGCCAAAGCUACAUUGAAAGUGGAAUGUUUUGAUGAUGUGAGGCCAGAGUUAUUUGGAUUACCUCCAGUUCAAAUAUAA